UCUCCCCGCCGCUGCCAGUCCACCAAAAGCGAUCCUCCUCCGCUCCUAUCAGAGACACACACACACGCACACAUACACACACACACACACACACACACCGUCCAAACCCCCAGAAAAGCUCUGCUGAAUCCUCACACCGUCUGUCAGCAUGGGGAGCGCUUGUUUUUCCCGGGACGUUUGUUUGUUUGUCCUCCUCAUAAAUACUUGCAGGGUGAUGGGGAAUGUCGGACUCGCAGAUGCAGACGAAUGCACAGAGGGUUCAGACGACUGCCACAUCGACGCCAUCUGCCAGAACACGCCCAAGUCCUACAACUGCAUCUGCAAGCCGGGCUACAAGGGAGAUGGCAAGCAGUGCGAGGACAUGGAUGAGUGUGAGAACGACUACAAUGGGGGCUGUGUCCAUGAAUGCAUCAACAUACCUGGCAACUACAGGUGCACCUGCUAUGAUGGAUUCAUGCUGGCCCACGACGGACACAAUUGUAUGGAUGUGGACGAGUGUCUGGACAACAACGGUGGAUGCCAGCAAGUGUGUGUCAACACCAUGGGGAGCUACGAGUGUCAGUGCACAGAGGGCUUCUUCCUCAGUGACAACCAGCAUACCUGCAUCCACCGCUCUGAUGAUGGAAUGAACUGCAUGAACAAGGACCACGGCUGCGCGCACAUCUGCAGAGAGGCUCCAGGUAAAGGCGGGGUUUCCUGCGAGUGCCGUCCUGGCUUUGAGCUGGCCAAAAACCAGAAAGACUGUACACUGACGUGCAACUAUGGAAACGGCGGUUGCCAGCACACAUGUGAUGACACAGACACAGGGCCAGUGUGUGGCUGCCACCAGAAGUAUGCCCUGCACUCAGACAGCAAGACCUGCAUCGAGAAAGAUGAGGCUGCAAUUGAGAGCUCUGAGUUCAAUGCCACGUCAGUAGCUGAUGUGGACAAGCGGGUGAAACGGCGGCUACUUAUGGAGACCUGCGCCGUCAACAACGGCGGCUGCGACAGGACAUGUAAAGACACGGCCACAGGGGUGCGCUGCAGCUGCCCCGUGGGUUUCACCCUGCAACCCGACGGCAAAACCUGUAAAGACAUUGACGAAUGCCAGGAGAACAACGGGGGCUGUGAUCACUUCUGCAGGAACACAGUGGGCUCCUUCGAAUGUAGCUGCCAGAAAGGCCACAAACUGCUCACUGAUGAACGGACAUGCCAAGACAUUGACGAGUGCUCCUUUGAGAGAACCUGCGACCACACCUGCAUCAACUACCCUGGCAGCUUUGAGUGCUUGUGCAACAAGGGAUACAUCCUGUACGGCCUCACUCACUGUGGAGACAUUGAUGAGUGCAGCAUCAGCAACGGGAGCUGUGAGUAUGGCUGCAUAAACAACCAGGGAAGCUACGAGUGUGUGUGUCCACCUGGACAGAAACUCCACUGGAACAAGAAAGAUUGCAUCGGUGGUUGUCAUGGUGAUGUGACAUAUGUGUGUUCCUCAGAGGCGGUGAAGUGUCUGCCCAAUGGGAAGCCAGCGCCCAGAGCCCAGCUGACCUGCACCAAGAGCGGUGGGGCAGAGGUCUGCUCGCUCUCCUGCCCCUCCAAUGCCCUCUUUCUCACAGACUCAGAGAACAGCUACACACUGAGCUGUGGAGUGCCCGUCCAGCCUAGUAAAGCUCCUCAGAAGAGGAAUGCCACCGCUGCCUUACCCACCUGUGCCGACACACUGGCCCCGCCCAUCAAACAGAAGGCCAGGUUUAAGAUCAAAGACGCCAAGUGCCACCUGAGGCCCCGCAACAAGGAGAAACACAGAGAUUCAUCCAAGCAGAGCCUGCAAGGAGGCCAGUUCCCCUGCACCGACGACUGCCAGGUAACAUUUGUCAACCUCAAGUGCGACUCGUCUAAGAAGCGCAGACGAGGACGCAAAUCUCCUUCGAAAGAGGUUUCCCACAUCACAGCUGAGUUUGAGAUGGAGAUGAAGGAGGAGGAUGCCUCAGACUCAUGUAAUGUGGACUGCGUGCGGGAGAGGAUGAAGCAGAAGCUGCAGAGCGCCAUGCGGACGCUCAGGAAGUCCAUCAACAAACAACAGUUCUACAUCCAGUUUUCUGGGACAGAGUAUGAGGUGGCCCAGAAACCGUCCAGGGUACCAGAGGGUGCCGAAGCCUGCAGCACAGGACAAAUCCUCCGAGACGGAAAGUGUGUGAGCUGUGGUGUGGGGACGUUCUACAGCGGGGAGCAGCAGCAAUGUGUCCAGUGCCCUCCCGGUACUUACCAGGACACGGUGGGUCAACUGUCCUGUGAGCCAUGUCCCAGCACUGAAGUACAAGGCAUUGCUGGUGCUAAGAACGUGUCUCAGUGUGGAGGUCAGUGUCCAGCAGGUCAUUUCUCUGCUGACGGCUUCCGUCCCUGCCAGCCCUGUCCACUGGGCUCCUACCAGCCAGAACCAGGCCGGGUCCUCUGCUUCCCCUGUGGAGGAGGUCUCAUGACCAAGUAUGAAGGAUCAGUCUCGUUCAGGGACUGUGAGGCCAAAGUGCACUGUGCUCCUGGACAUUACUACAACUCCAGUACCCACCGCUGUAUCCGCUGCCCAGCAGGAACCUACCAGUCUGAGUUUGGGCGGAACUACUGCAUCACAUGCCCAGGGAACACCACCACUGACUUUGAUGGUGCCACCAACGUCUCCCACUGCAAAAACCAGCUGUGUGGAGGUGAGCUGGGAGAAUACACAGGCUACAUUGAGUCUCCUAACUACCCUGGAGAUUACCCGUCCAAUGUAGACUGUGUCUGGACCAUCAACCCACCACACAAGAGACGGAUUCUCAUUGUGGUACCAGAGAUCUUCCUUCCCAUCGAGGAUGAGUGUGGAGAUGUGCUGGUCAUGAGGAAGAGUGCCCUUCCCACCUCCAUCACCACCUAUGAGACGUGUCAGACCUAUGAACGACCCAUCGCCUUCACCUCUCGCUCUCGCAAGCUCUGGAUUCAGUUUAAGUCCAACGAGGGCAACAGUGGCAAAGGCUUCCAAGUUCCAUAUGUCACCUAUGAUGAGGACUACCAGCAGCUGAUAGAGGACAUAGUGCGAGAUGGCAGGCUCUACGCUUCUGAGAACCACCAGGAGAUACUGAAGGACAAGAAGCUGAUAAAGGCCCUGUUUGACGUGCUGGCCCAUCCCCAGAACUACUUCAGGUACACGGCACAGGAGUCUAAAGAGAUGUUCCCUCGCUCCUUCAUCAAGCUGCUGCGCUCCAAAGUCACCAGGUUCCUACGGCCAUACAAAUAGACAGGGUCUCUCCACUGUCCUGCUAUUGAACCCCCCCACCCCACCCAUCUGCUUCUCCCCUGCCUUGGUCAAUACAUUGAUGUACCAGUUCUAUGACUAAACAUCUUCAUUUCCUGUAUUUGUCACACGAUGCCUUUCCUCAUCUUCAUCUCACCCCUUUAACUAGUAAUACAUCAUUACUGACACCCUUCCCUCCAGUUUGUGCUGCCUUUUGUAUAAGGUUUGACCGAUACAGGUUUUUGAAGGCCACCAUUAAUAUUUGUAUAAUGUAGAAGAACAUACCUGAUAUAUAUAUAUAUAUAUAUAUAUAUAUAUAUAUAUAUAUAUAUAUAUAUAUAUAAUACUACAGUUACUACUACAGUAUAUAUCUGUUUCUAAAAAAACUAUUUAAAAUAUCUGCAUUCACCCAGAUGCAAUCUCUUUACAUUAAAUAGGAAGUAUAGUGUGUAUACUAUGCUUUUCUUUUAUAACCCAACUAAAUGUUUCUGUCAUUCCCAUUGGUACUAAUAUGUCUAUGAAAUAUAUAUAUAUUUUGAGUGCUUUUUCUCAGUUUGGUAUGGUAAAAAUUUUGCAGCUCCUUAAGACAAGGUGGCUCACACCAUUUGUAUGCUACGUUAGUGAAAGUGCAAUAUCUGGCAAUAUUGGUGGUGCAUGUUCUAACUGAAUAUUGAAUACAGAAUUGUUUUUCUCAAAUAGGACUACAGAGACAUGGUCAGAUACAGCAUAGCAGACCUUCACGUACUUUGUCUAAGGUCAGUUACAGUAACAAGAAGUUAUAUUACUUUCACUUUACAUAUUAAUAAUUGUUGUCACUGAGAAGAACAACAUGAAUAUACAAUCUAAAGCAGACCUGUUAUGUAGCUGUAGUCAGGGGAAGAAUAUGCAUCACAUCAGUCACUGGUUGAUAACAGAUACAGAUAAAAGAUGGCAUACUGAAUUUGGCCUUAAUGGCUGCUAUUGGUUUUUCAUUAUUUGUUAAAGCUCUACAGAUUAGGAAUGUGCUGUUAUAUUGCAUAAAUGAACAGAGGUGUGAACUCAUGUUUAAGUGAAGUAUUCUUUUGGUUUGUGUAUAUCUUCUGCAAAGGUAGCUUUGUUUGUCUUUUAGCUUAAAAGCUAAAAAGGCAAAUCAAGCUGCGCUGGCAGUCAACAACCAACAGCUUUUUUAAAUAGUUUUUUGGGGCAUUUUACGCCUGUAUUAGAUAGCACCAGUAAAGAGAUGACAGGAAGAGGAAGAGAGAGACACAGCAAAGGUCACAAGCCAGACUUGAACCAGUGACGUUACAGUUCGUGGUUGCUGUCUUAAAGAAAGCAAAUUUCCCAAUAUGUCGAACCAUUCCCAUAAUAUUGUGUAUUAGUAAUCUAUAAAGCAUGAAAAAGUCAUUAAUUAUGUGCUCCUAAAGUGGUUUAAGUACAUAUUAUCAUAAAGUGGUACUCCCAGUAUUUAGUAAAAGGCCAGUAUCAGCAAACCAAUUAUCGGUCAAACCGUAUUUCUGCAUACCAUAUUCUAUAUCUUCUUCUCUCCCAACUAUUCCCAGAUUUCUGCACCUUCGUUAACAACUAUUUUCUGCAAUCUUGCUUUCACAUCCUCCACCUCUCUCUUUUUAUUUUGCUCUGCUUUGUUUUCUGUGUUGUUUUUGUAAUAUUUAUACAGUCAGAACUUGCAGAAGCCUACAUCACAGAUGUUUUACAUAUGAUGUACACAAAUGUGUAACAAGUGUAUGUUUGUGUGGACAUACACAGGUGUACAUGCAUGAUGUUUUAAGAUGUAUUGGCCCACACAGUGUACUUGGAUGUAUACUGAAUUGGAUUUCUUCAUUGGCCCCGAUGUGCACGAGACAGAAAUGAGAAAAGAAUCGGUGCACUUAAAACCCAUUUUAACAUGGAAAAUUAUUUGAAAGAAAUGUUGAAGUGGGGAAAUCUAAAUCAUUCCACUUCAGUGGGUGCUUUAUCUGUGGAGCACAGGGAAAAAUUAAAUGGGGUGAUUCAGAAAGUCGGUAUUGUAAUUUGUUAUAUAUAUAUAUAUAUAUAAACAAGAUGAGAUAAACUACCUGUAAGUAACAGAUUGUUACUUUAGAGAGAAAUGUAUGUGAUGUAGCUAAUAUUUGGAACUUUAAUUGCACUUGAAUUUUAUAUUUUAAACUGUAGGAAAAAGAUAUAAGUUACGUAUUUGUCUUCGUGUUGUUUUGAAAUGUGCCACAUGUGGCAGCGAUGAGAGCGAAAGACAGCUGUGUCUCCUGUUAUGCUCCCACUCUGUAGCUUGCAGUUACCCCAAAAUCUCUGUUACAGUAGCUUCAAGCCCCAUUCACACACACAGUGAGGAAACAUUUGAAGCUACAGUAGCCCAAAAUCAGAGACUGUGUGGUAAACUAAUGCGCACAGAAAAAAGACAGUGUAAGCAUUGGAUCACUCAGACUUGCCACCACCACUACAGUGUGUCUGUGUUUUCACUGCCCAGUCCUGCUUCCUCCCUCAACAUGUCUUAUCGCUGCCAGACAGAAGAAGCAUCAUCAUAAAGGCUUCUUGUAAGAUGGCAUUACAUACAUAAUACUACAGUUACUACUACAGUAUAUAUCUGUUUCUAAAAAAACUAUUUAAAAUAUCUGCAUUCACCCAGAUGCAAUCUCUUUACAUUAAAUAGGAAGUAUAGUGUGUAUACUAUGCUUUUCUUUUAUAACCCAACUAAAUGUUUCUGUCAUUCCCAUUGGUACUAAUAUGUCUAUGAAAUCCUAUACCGCGUAUUGAAGGUAGACUCUGUAUCUGCACAAUGCGAGUAGAGUUGAAAAACAUGUAUCGUGUGACUGGGGAUGAAUGUAGUGGCAGGGACACAAUCGGACUAAGAGGCAUCUCCUAUCUGAGUUUCUGUGUGUCCGUAGCACUUGCAGCUUCAGCUGCAAGCCAGCAAACUUUAUUUGUGUGUUGUUUAUAAAGAAGCAAGCUUCCCCUGACAGAUGAUAAAAAUUCUUGUCAUAUUCCUUAUUGGUGUUAAAGCUCCUCUAGAAGCUAAACUCCUGUUAACAGUGUCAUUCAUGAAAAAAGAAAGUGCUAAGCACAAAGAAGAUGACGGCGUGUCAGUGCUAAUUUAGAAUGUAUCAAAGCUCAGUGAUUAUAGAUUAAAGGACCGUACUAGAGGUUUUGCAUGUUUUAAUCCAUUAACUAAAAAUCAUGUAUACUGCUUAGUAUUUUCCAAAGCAUAGGAUUUCAGGUUUCCUCCAUUCCAGGCGGACAUUGGUUUCAGUUCAUUUCAACACUGUGUGGAGAUAUGCGUGAUGAACUAUUCAUUUGAUAUUUUGGGAAAUACACAUUCACUGUCUUGCCGAGAGUUACAUGAGAAGAUAAAUACCACUCUCAUGUACGUAUGGUAAAUUUGCAGCUGUAGCUGGUUAGCUUAGCUUAGCAUAAAGACUGGAAACAGGGGGAAACAUCUAGCCUUGCUCUUUCCGAAGGUAACAAAAUCUGUCAACCAGCACCUCUAAAGCUUACUAGUUAACACGCUACAUCUUAAUUGUUUAUUCUAUCCAAAAAUGUGAAUUAGUCAUCUUUAGAGAUGCUGAUAGGUGGAUUUUCUUUUAACAGAGCCAAGCUAGCUCUGCGCUCCCCAAUUCCAAAUUUCUAUGCUAGGUUAACUGGCUGGUCAUGGUAGCUUCAAAUAUACAAUGUAGACAUGAAAGUGGUAUUAAUCUUCUCAUCUAACUUUCGGCAACAAAGCAAAUAAGAGUAUUUUGCACAUUUUUAAUGCAACAGGUUCACGUUAUCCUGUCUUCUGCAUCUGAUGUUCCAACAAUCCAUAUUUUAAAUCUAGGCUGUUGGAAUAUUCUAUAACAUACCACCAAUGCACGCUCUGAAAAUGCUCACAUGAUAACCUAACUGUGACACAAAGGUGACUAAAUAUUCCUAAUGAUGGAUUUUUUUCAAGUCUCUGCAGGUUUAUUUUCAUAGCGUACUGAAAUGAAACCAAUAUGGCUAGAAGGUAAGAAAUCAAUCAAAUUGUCUGCAGUCAUGUAAAGUAUGUGUAUUGAAUGAGCUGAAGCAGGCAAAACCACAAGUAUGGUCCUGCAUAGCACUGAACUGGUCAUAGUUAGGGGUUUUAUUCCAAAAUAAGAGAACCAAUAACGAAAUGAGAAAUUUAAAAAACAUAUUUUUAUUGACUGAUAAUCACCCCCUUAAAAUAAACUCUUCCCAGAAUAAAAGCUGUCAUUAGGUAUUGUUCCAGGCUUUGCCAAAUAGCUGCCACACAGACAUGAAAUAAAAUGUAUAAUUGACUGUUUUUUUCCCCUGAGAAUGUAUUGUAUCAUGAAUGGGUGUGUGUAUGAGAGAUUGUGAGAAUGAAUGAAUGUGCAGUAAGUGUGACUGUUUCUGUGUGUUUCUGUGUGUGUGUAUGUAAACAGUGAGUUUUUGUUCUGGGCGCCUGUGAUAGAGAAAGAGACUGUGUAUGUAUGUACUUUAGUCCAAUUUGUAGAGGAAUAAUUUUAAUGUUUGUAUUAGUCAGUUGUACCCAAAGAGAGAAACUGUAACACGGUGUUGUGCCAUUGUUUGGUCCAUGAAACUCCAGUAAUGAACAAAUUAAAUAAAAUAGUAGCAGAAAACAGA